AUGGCCGGCGGAGAACUUCAGGUUAUCUUCAACGACAAGGGUGUGCACCCUAUCGGCCCCUACUCUCAGGCUAUUAAAGCCGGUGGCUUCGUCUUCCUAGCCGGUCAAGUUCCCUGCGACUCUCAAGCAAAGGUUGUGCCUGGUACAAUGCGUGACAAGGCGCGUCGCAUGUGUGAAAAUGCGAAGCUCAUGAUCGAGUCAGCCGGCUCCAGCAUGGACAAGGUCGUCAAGGUUAACAUUUAUUUCGAGGACAUCGACAGAGAUUUUGCUGCCGUUAACGAGGUUUUUGCUGAAUAUUUUGUGUCGAAGCCUGCCCGUACCUCUAUCCAGGUUGCGAAACUUCCUGUGGGAUGUCCCCUAGAGAUGGAUGUGACCGCUGUCGCAUAA